AUGAACCUAUAUUUUAAAGAUCAAUUACCAUACACCUUUGAUUUGAUUCGCUUUUAUGUUUUCCAAAUAAUUUACGAAGACAAAAUUAAGACAAAAUAUAGUAAUAAGUUAGAAAUAAAUAACCAUUUUUGCAAUGGAAUUGAAUUAUUUUCUCUUAAUGAUGAAGAGUAUAGGACGCACUUAAAAGAUGAACAUCUUUGUAUCACUGAG